CCAUAUCUUAAAUGUUUGCGCACGGCUGCGCCCAGUAGAAAGUCCAGACUCUAACGCGAUUGCAGCACUUGCGUACGACGAACCAGCGGCGGUAGCACCUCUUCUGGAAACAUAGACCAUCUCUCUUGUCCCACGAACGUUGCGAUGGCCUCAAAGUUCUCGGCCAUCAUCUUGCUCAUGUGUGCUAGCUUAGCAAGCCGCAUCGCAGCGAGAAUCCCAUCAAGCUGCGGAGGUCUGUUCGUGCCGCCCGAGAAACUCGUCGACCUGUCGUACAGCUUCAACAACAAGACAAUCUUCUGGUCUGAUGACGCCGAAUUUCGCCUGAAUAUCUCGCGUAGGGGAAGUGUGCCUGAAGACUGGUACCAGUCUGACGUCAUCGAGCUAGCCACUCAUGGCGGCACGCAUCUGGACGCACCAAUUCACUUUGCGCCCGACAAGUGGACGGUGAGCCAAAUACCACUCGAACGGCUGAUGUUCGUCCCCAUCGCACUCGUCGAUGUUGAGGCACAGGCGAGCGAGAACCCCGUGUACGAGUUGUCGGUUGAAGACAUCGAGCGCUGGGAAGGACAGCAUGGCCCCGUUCCUCGCGGUGCUCUUCUUAUCGAGAGGACCGGACGCUCUAAGCUGUGGCCGAACCGCGACGCUUACUUGGGGAUCGACGACCAUGGAUGGCGGCGUUUUCCGACCGUGUCAUCAGAGGCUGCGCGGUUCCUAGUUGAGCAGCGGCAAAUAUAUGGCAUCGGAUUGGACUCUCCGUCCGUGGACCUGUUCAACUCUUCGGUGACGCACAGGAUUAUUGCUGGCAAUAACGUGUACAUCCUUGAAAACUUGGCCGACCUGUCGCGCCUCCCGGCCCUCGGAGCCACGGCUAUCGUACUGCCCAUCAAAGCAUGCCAAGCCAGUGGUGCCCCGGUGCGGGUGGUGGCCAUCUUGCCGUGAACCACUCAUCACAUGGGUCUUAAGUGACACGGCUUUGAGAUUAAAGAGGUUCAAAUGGAAAAA